UAUAAGUCUGUCUAUUUCUGUUGUUGGAGGGUUUUGUUUGCAUCGCAAUCUUUUGUGUGUCUAUGCACUGAUUUGUUUGAUUUCCCGUGUCUUACUUCUGCUCUUUGUUUUGCAGCAAUCAUGGCUGACGAAGCUCUUACUGAACUCAAGGACGACGUGGGAGAGCUUGCUCCCUUCGAUCCUAUUAAAAAGAAGAAGAAGAAUAAGGUUGUUCUGCAGGAUCCUGUAGAUGAUUCUGCAGACAAGCUGGCUGAGAAAACUGAAUCAUUGUCAGGUGCUUUGUCAUGAUUCAUGAAUUGUUAAAUUGUGCUACAAUCUGCAUUUUAAUUUCCUGGAGAUUAGUACUAUUAUCAUUAUUAUUUCUCUACUUGCAGUCUCUGAUGGCCUUGAGAGCACUUUUACUGGCCUGAAAAAGAAGAAGAAGAAACUAGUAAGUAUUUUGGAACUAGUUAAGUGAAGGCAUAUAUAUAUAUAUAUAUUUUUUUUUCUCAAUGUCAGGUGGAAACCAAAGUAUUGAAUGAGGAAAUCGGAGAUGUGGCUGAUGAUUUGACUGAUCAUCCUGGUGAAGAUGACGAAGGUGAAGUAGUUGUGCAGCAGCAGCACUAUCCCUGGG